AUGACGGGCCCAGACCGGGCUUUGCUCAAUCGUCGCUCCUCCACGCAACAUUAUCAGACCUUCGAUACCCCGCCGCCUAAGUCGCGUGGUCGACCGAACUCGGGGCAGUCCGAGUCCCCUGCAGACGGUUCUCACGAUCCCCACCAUGAACCCGCUGAUGUGCCUGGGACAUCAUCCCCCCUACCAAGGAGGCAGAUGGCAGUCCUGGCCAUGAUUGCGCUAGCAGAACAGACAGCUCUGAACUCCAUCAGUCCAUAUCUCCCCGACAUGGCCUCUACAUUUCCCGAAGUGGAACCAACACAAGUGGGUGUAUACGUGGGGACAAUUGCAUCGGCAUUUGCCUUGGCGCAGUUUGCCACGAACUAUUUCUGGGGAUGGUUAUCGGACCGAAUUGGUCGCAAGCCGGUCAUCCUGCUUGGCACGUUGUUGACUGCGCUGUGCUUCGUCGCAUUUGGAUUCUGCAGAACGCUUGGACAAGCUAUAGCGGUACAAGCUUUGAUGGGUGUGGUCAAUGGCAACCAGGGCCUGGUUUCCACCUGUCUGGGGGAGAUCACUGAUCGGAGCAACCAAUCUCAGGCGUUCACCUAUCUCCCGGUGUUAUACGGAAUUGGAGGUAUUACAGGCCCUCUGUUGGGUGGGCUCUUGAUUUUUGAGACAAAUCCAUUCACGGGAAACAAGAACCCCUACCCCUACCUUGCGCCGAACCUUGUGUCGGCCGUUGUCCUCCUGGUGGACUUCACCCUAACAGCUAUGUUCUUGGAAGAGAGUCUGGAAGACGCAGAAAGCCUACCCAAGAUCGGGAGAAAGGUGCGCAGCCUUUUCGCAUGGCUAUGGCAGUUCACUGGCGAUUCCCGCCAUCCCACUUACGUGGCAGCUUCGCAAUCAGUGCAUGGUCGCCAUGCUGCAGAGGCCGAGGAUCAUGACAGCGACCUGGAUUCGGCUUCCGAAGUCUCAAGUUUGCUCGGCCACCACGAGGAGCUCAGCUGGGAUGAGAUUUUCACUCGGGACACAGUUUUGCUUCUCCUGACAUACCUGAUAUUUGCUUUCUGCAAUGUCUCAUUCAACUCGCUGUUCCCUAUAUUUGCCCAAGCCAAGCCACCGGCUGGACGGUCACUCACCCCAUCUGAGAUCGGGCUUUCUCAAGGCUUUGCUGGUAUUGUGACCAUAAUUUUCCAGAUUUGUGUCUUCAAUCGCCUGCGCGAUAAGAUGGGCAAUCGCUGGUCCUACCGGGCUGGUCUCUUCGGAUUUGUGAUCUCAUUUGUCUUGAUGCCGUUCAUUGGCUACAAGAGCAGGUCGACUGACAAUUUGACCGGCAAAUCGGCCCUGAUGGCCAUCGAAUUAUGCCUAGUAUUGCUGGUCAAGACUAUUGCCGCCGUGGGUGGUUUGACCAGCGCCUUGCUCUUGGUCACCAACUCUGCGCCAAAUCAUGCCGUCCUGGGUGCUCUCAACGGCCUUGCACAGACUCUCUCUGCGGCUGGGCGUGCCGUGGGUCCAUUCCUCUCUGGGGGCCUGUUCUCCCUUACGUCCAAGAUCCAGCCGAAGGGCGAGGCUUUGGCAUUUGGAGUCUUCGGCGCUGUCUCAUUCAUCGGGUUCGUCAUGAGCUUCGGUAUCCGCGGCCGGUCUCUCGAGGCAGAGGGCUGGGGCGAAGACAGCGAUGAAGGAGACAAGUCGGACGACGAUGAGCCGAACGGCGUUUGA